AGUUUACCUUCUCCUCUUGGAAGUUAACGAUUGGCGAGAUCUUGGCUGCGUUAUUGACACAACACUUUCUAUUGAUAGAAAUAAGUAGUGAUUGUCCCCGAGUCAUUGGUGCGCCAAGAACUCUGCGAUGGGCUGGCAGGAGUCCAUUGGGCUGGGCAGGCAGGUUCGGCUGGUGAUGCUGGGGAGGAGGAGGAGGAGGAGGCUACUGGUGGUGAUGGUGCCCGUCCCCCUCUCCGCAGGUCUGUGACAAGCAGGGAACAAGGCAACGGACGGCGCAGCCCAGCCCCGGCUGACGGACGCUGGCGACUCAGACAUGGACAGUAGCUGCCACAACGCGACUACCAAAAUGUUAGCGACUGCUCCAGCUCGGGGCAACAUGAUGAGCACGUCCAAACCCCUGGCUUUCUCCAUUGAACGAAUCAUGGCGCGCACCCCAGAGCCCAAGGCCCUGCCAGUCCCCCACUUCCUGCAGGGAGCCUUACCCAAGGGGGAACCCAAGCACUCUCUGCAUCUCAACUCGUCGAUCCCCUGCAUGAUCCCCUUCGUGCCUGUGGCCUACGACACAAGCCCCAAGGCAGGAGUGACGGGCUCCGAGCCGCGGAAGGCCAGUCUGGAGGCCCCGGCGGCGCCCGCGGCGGUGCCCUCGGCGCCGGCAUUCAGCUGCAGCGACCUGCUCAACUGCGCACUGAGUCUCAAGGGCGACCUGGCCCGCGACGCGCUGCCGCUGCAGCAGUACAAGCUGGUAAGGCCGCGUGUGGUCAACCACUCUUCAUUCCACGCCAUGGGCGCCUUGUGCUACCUGAACCGAGGUGACGGCCCAUGCCACCCGGCAGCCGGCGUGAACAUCCACCCGGUGGCCUCCUACUUCCUCAGUUCCCCUUUGCACCCGCAGCCAAAAACGUAUUUAGCCGAAAGGAAUAAACUGGUGGUCCCGGCGGUGGAGAAAUACCCUUCUGGAGUAGCUUUCAAAGACCUGUCCCAGGCUCAACUGCAGCAUUACAUGAAAGAAAGCGCCCAGCUUCUGUCGGAAAAAAUCGCGUUCAAAACCUCGGAUUUCAGCCGAGGCUCUCCUAAUGCCAAGCCCAAAGUUUUCACUUGCGAAGUGUGUGGAAAGGUCUUUAAUGCGCACUAUAACUUAACCCGUCACAUGCCAGUGCACACAGGAGCCAGACCCUUCGUUUGCAAAGUGUGCGGAAAAGGUUUCAGGCAAGCAAGCACCCUGUGCAGGCACAAGAUCAUUCACACGCAGGAAAAACCUCACAAAUGUAACCAGUGUGGCAAAGCAUUUAAUAGAAGUUCCACUUUAAACACUCAUACCCGAAUACACGCAGGCUACAAACCGUUUGUGUGUGAAUUCUGUGGCAAAGGGUUUCAUCAAAAAGGGAAUUACAAAAACCACAAGUUGACCCACAGCGGGGAGAAGCAGUUCAAGUGCAAUAUCUGCAACAAGGCUUUCCACCAGGUUUACAACCUCACCUUCCACAUGCACACCCACAACGACAAGAAGCCUUUCACCUGCCCCACGUGCGGCAAGGGUUUCUGCAGGAACUUUGACCUCAAGAAGCACGUCCGCAAGCUGCACGACAGCAGCCUGGGGCUGGCCCGCACGCCAGCUGGCGAACCAGGCACUGAACCACCGCCCCCGCUACAGCAGCAGCCGCCGGUGACGCUGCCUCCUCUGCAGCCGCCGCUGCCAACCCCGGGGCCCCUGCAGCCCGGGCUCCACCAGGGCCACCAGUGAUCGAGGCUAAGUGUCCUCCCAGCCUCAGCCGUGCCCCCACGCUGAGGCAGCGGCAGACUGGAGCUCCUGGUCCGAGUUCGUCUGCACCCCCCAGGGCAUGUAGGGCCCCACACUUUAGGGCCGACCAGAAGCCUCUGCAGCCCCUGGCCUUUCGCCUCUUGCAUGCACCUGCUAAAUGGUUUUGUGUAUUAUAUUCUAUAUAGGCACUAACAAUUAUGAAAAAUUUGGAGAGUUUUGCUUGUUUUCUGUUUUUCUUUUUUUUUUUAAUUUGGAAAGACUUUUCAUCUUGGGUGGAGAGAUGGUGUUUGUUUUGUUUUGUUUUGUUUAAGCAAAUUUCUGCUAUAUUUAUUGAGAUCUGUAUUAUUCUACCCGGGAAUGCUGCAUCAUUUUAAUUUUAUUAUUGUAUAUAUUUCCAUUGUGUUGAUUCUCCGGUCUCAAGAUGUCUGCUGGAUGUUGAUCAUUUCCUCUUUCCCCGAAGUAACAAAAUACUGUGUGUAUGUCAUAUAUACACGCAUAGAUGUGUGCGCCCAUAGGGGUACAUUCCACAUUCGUGAGCACACACACAUACACAUUAGAUAAGGGUGGUUCAUUAUGGAUGAUUUUGAAUUUUGGUUUUGAUUAUUGCACGUGAAAAUUGAUUCAUUGACUGUUGGAAAUAAAUACUUGGAACAUGCUUAUUUAAUCAACAAA